UAUAGAUGAUGAGGUCCCACAAUACCCAAAUCCAGGACCAGUGUAAAGAGAAGGCAUCUCCCUCAUUUACACCUUCCUCUGUAAAAGUACUUGUUUGUAAGCACUUUCUCAUUCCCUCACUAGAGAGAGAGAUAGAGAGAGAGAGAAAGUGAGAAGAGAGAGAGAAGUGAAAAAAAGAGCUGCACUCGAAUCUGUUCUUCAAUGGCGAAAAGCAGAAACCCCAGAAAGCACGCCAAAGAAAAUCAGCAAGAAAAACCACAUUCAUGGGCCUCCCUCAGAAGCCUCUUCACCUGCAAGAACCUCCAAGUACAACAGCAAGAGCAGCACGUACAACAACAGAACCAGAACCAAAAGCAGAAGCAGAAGCAGAAGCAGAAGCAACAACUAUACCAAGAGUUCGAAAAGCCGAAAAAGCAGAAGCUGAAACAACAAACACAACAAGACGAGACGAAGAAAGACAGCAAGAAAAACCCGCAAAACCCCGACGAGAAAACAAACAACAUAUCCAAGAAAAUGAAGUGCUCCGGUUCAAUCUGCAGCAACACUAAAGUCAUGCAGAAACCCGAAAUAAACUCCGAAGAACUGAAGAAGAGGGCUAAUUUGGUAAUUGGCUCAUCUUCUUCUUCAUCUUUGCUCAAAGAGAAUGUUUCGAACUCUUCAUCCUCUUCUUCGUCUUCGUUCACGGUGCCGCCGCCUUCCGCUUCACCUUCCAUUUCCGGAUCUUUUCGGAAUAUGCCUUUUCGGAAACUAUCGGGCUGCUACGAGUGCCGAAUGGUGGUGGAUCCUGUCCUCGGAAUGACGAGGGACCCUUCUUUGAGGAAUAGUAUUUGUUCUUGUCCUCAAUGUGGUGAAAUCUUCAUGAAACCUGAGAAUCUCGAGCUUCAUCAAGCCGUUAGGCAUGCAGUAUCUGAGUUGGGCCCUGAAGACACAAGCAAGAACAUAGUAGAGAUCAUAUUCCAGUCGAGCUGGCUCAAGAAACAGGCUCCGGUUUGCAAGAUCGACCGCAUACUAAAAGUCCAAAAUACCCCCAAAACAAUCUCGAAAUUCGAAGAGUAUAGAGACGCAAUCAAGGCUAAAGCCACUAAGCUGCCCAAGAAACACCCUCGUUGCCUUGCCGAUGGAAACGAGUUGCUAAGGUUCCACUGCACCACGUUAGUAUGCUCGUUAGGCCUAAAUGGCUCGUCCAACUUGUGCAAUUCGAUACCGAAUUGUAGCGUUUGUAGUAUCGUGAAAAACGGGUUUAAAGUCGUCACUUCGGAAGUUUCUGCGAAAGGUAUAUUAACGACUGCGACCAGUGGAAAAGCUCAUGAUAGUUGUGGGGUGGGAUUGGACGACGGGAAGAGGGCUAUGCUGGUUUGCCGGGUCAUUGCGGGUCGGGUCAAGAAAAACCCGGAUGUGAAUUCGGAGGACUACGAUUCGGUUGCCGGAGCGGUUGGAGUUUAUUCGAAUUUGGAUGAGCUGUAUGUUUUUAAUCCCAAGGCUAUAUUGCCUUGCUUUGUUGUGAUUUAUAGAGGUUUUUAACUAGGGUUCUUGAAAUAAUAUGUUUGCUGCAAAAUGGACCUGGAUUAUUAAUUUGUUCGAUUUUAAUUGUUUAUUAUUGUCUUUGUAUAAA